AUGGGCAUGUCUAGUCGAACAGGAAACAAGUUGAGAUAUGGAUCACAUUAUGCAGUCUCCAGUCUGCACUUUGGUUACAUAUCAUUUUGCUGGUGCCAUUUUGGAGUCGAGAGUUUCUCAGACCGAGUUUUGUUCUCUAAGAAGGAACCACUCUCCUCUCGCACUCCUUCUCAUACCAUGUCAGUCCACUUUCUCACCAAUACCACCAGCUCUGGGACAAACAAUAUCACAGCAGUGAGAGGCAGUGCUGUAUCAAUUUCAGGGGCUCUGAUCCUCUGCCUUUUUCUACCAAUUGGUGUCUUUGGAAACCUCUUGAUCAUUUGGAGCAUCCUGGCUCGAACCCGCCACCGUUCCAUCACAACCCUCCUGAUUUUAAACCUCGCCUUUGCGGAUGGAUUCUUGAUGCUUUUGAUACCUUUUUUCAUUGUUUAUUUGUUAAAACGCAACUGGGUUUUUACCCUGCCACUGUGCAAGAUUCUGCUGUACCUCUGCAGUGCCAACAUGUACGCUUCAAUAUUUCUGAUAACGCUAAUGAGUUUGCACAGGAUGAUGGCUGUGGUGUUGUGGAACCAUGCUGGUGUCCUGACAGACCGGAGGGCGAUUAUUCGGGUGUUGGUGGGACUGUGGAUUUUUGCUCUCGGCAUAUCAAUACCCAACUCUGUUUUCUGGACCACUUUCAGGAGUGAGCAAGAACCAACAUUUUUAAUGUGUGUUUGUAAACAUCCACAGCCACGAGAUGUGAUACUGCAGCAUUGUUUGGAAAUUGUGCUGGGAUUCUUGAUGCCGUAUGGGCUGAUCAUUAGCAGUUACAUGUGUAUCCUGUGCAGAAUUCGAAGGACACGGUUUCGUAGGCACAUCCGAAGUGAGAAACUCAUCAUGCUUAUCGUCAUCACCUUCGGCUUGACCUGGCUUCCUUUCCACACCAUGAAUAUGGUGGAGAUUGCAAGGACUUUUCUCCCAGAAGAUUCCCAUGCAAAAGCCAGACUAGAUCAAAUCUGGUUUUCAUUUCGAGGCCUUACCUCCACUAUCACCUUCAUCAGCAGCUGCAUAAACCCUGUUCUCUACACCUUUGCUGGAAAGCCAUACAUUAAACGUGAAGGUCUGGCUUUCAUGGCAAGGCUCUUUGAGGGCUCAAGGAUCGAGUCCAUUAGAAAGAGUCGGCAGAAUCAGCAAAAUCAGGAUCAAGAGGAGAAAGAAGAGGUUGAUCAUCUAAAAGACAUAUGAUUUAACUUGCUUGCAUGCCGAUUUAAACAUUUAAGAAAGGGGAAGGGACAUGUUGGGCUUGUUUUUGGGUCUUGGUAUUUUUCUUUAUUUGUACAGUUAUGGUUUAGACUGAAUGAUGCUGUUAAUGUCAAACAAAAGGAUAAGUUCACUUAAGUGAAUUUACAGAACCACUUUCUUUAAGAUAACUUUAAUUUUGUUUGAUAAUUUGUUAUAUAAUGCAAAGAAAUGUUUAACUGGCUCAAGUGUCCAAAUAUUUUUGGGGGGUUAAUGUAAAUCUCAAAGAGUUGGUUUAGGUUUUGUCAAGUAGAGGGCACCACACAACAGAGAGACAAAAGCCUAUGCAAACAACUCAGAAAGAGUCUAGUAGUG